AUGCUAAAAAUUAUCAUUCCCACAAUCAUACUUAUGCCCCUUACAUGACUAUCAAAAAAGAAUAUAAUCUGAAUCAACACUACAACCUAUAGUCUAUUAAUCAGCCUUAUCAGCCUAUCCCUCCUAAACCAACCUAGCAACAAUAGCCUAAACUUCUCACUAAUAUUCUUCUCCGAUCCCCUAUCAGCCCCACUUCUGGUGUUGACAACAUGACUACUGCCACUAAUACUCAUAGCCAGCCAACACCAUCUAUCUAAGGAACCACUAAUCCGAAAAAAACUCUACAUCACCAUGCUAACCAUACUUCAAACUUUCCUAAUCAUGACUUUUACCGCCACAGAACUAAUCUCCUUCUACAUCCUAUUUGAAGCCACAUUAGUUCCAACACUAAUUAUCAUCACCCGCUGAGGCAACCAAACAGAACGCCUGAACGCAGGCCUCUACUUCCUAUUCUACACACUAAUAGGUUCCCUCCCACUCUUAGUUGCACUAAUCUCUAUCCAAAACCUAACAGGCUCACUAAACUUCCUAUUAAUUCAAUACUGAAACCAAGCACUACCCGACUCUUGAUCCAAUAUUUUCCUAUGACUAGCAUGUAUAAUAGCAUUCAUAGUCAAAAUACCGGUAUAUGGUCUUCACCUCUGACUCCCAAAAGCCCAUGUAGAAGCCCCAAUUGCCGGAUCCAUAGUGCUAGCAGCCAUUCUACUAAAACUAGGAGGCUACGGAAUACUACGAAUUACAACAAUACUAAACCCCCAAACUAGCUUUAUAGCCUACCCCUUCCUCAUACUAUCCCUGUGAGGAAUAAUCAUAACUAGUUCCAUCUGCUUGCGACAAACCGAUCUAAAAUCACUUAUUGCAUACUCCUCUGUCAGCCACAUAGCCCUAGUAAUCGUAGCCGUCCUCAUCCAAACACCAUGAAGUUAUAUAGGAGCUACAGCCCUAAUAAUCGCUCACGGCCUUACAUCAUCAAUACUAUUCUGCCUGGCAAACUCAAAUUACGAACGUACCCAUAGCCGAACUAUAAUCCUAGCCCGCGGGCUUCAAACACUUCUUCCCCUUAUAGCAGCCUGAUGACUAUUAGCCAGCCUAACCAACCUGGCCCUCCCUCCCAGCAUUAACCUAAUUGGAGAGCUAUUCGUAGUAAUAUCAUCAUUCUCAUGAUCAAAUAUUACCAUUAUCCUAAUAGGAGCCAAUAUCACCAUCACCGCCCUCUACUCCCUAUACAUACUAAUCACAACACAACGAGGGAAAUACACACACCAUAUCAACAGCAUUAAACCUUCAUUUACACGAGAAAACGCACUCAUGGCCCUCCACAUGACUCCCCUACUACUCCUAUCACUUAACCCUAAAAUUAUCCUAGGCUUUACGUACU